CAAACUUCCACGUUUCACCUUCUCGUCCCAUGCAAAUUCAACACUUCAUUUCCUUACAUAACUCCAUAGCCAAACCUUUCACCACGAUUAAAUCUUCUCCCUAAUAAAAAUGGAAGAACAACAAAACUUUCCCUUCAUUCUAAAACCACUUGACUGGUUCCCAAAACUCCUCUCUCUCCAAGCAGAUAUUCUCCACAACUGCAUUCUCUUCCUGGCUUGGCCUCUCCUUUCUCUCCUCUCCAUGGCCUCCGAGUCCUACCACCGCGCAGAGAAGUCUGCCUCGGCCACUUACGAAACGGCGGUGCACCAGGUCCCUAGUACGAUCACUUACGGCAGUGUUUCUAUGGUAAAGAAACUGGGGUUUGGCCUUCUGGGUGCAGCCCAGGUUGGCAUGGUUCUGGUGGUGCUGGUGGUGGUUGCCGCCGUGGCGGGUGUUGGGUUGGUGCAAAUGUGGGUGGAGGAGCCUGUGUUUGUUAGAGAGAGGCUGUUCUUUGACUACACUGAGGCUAAUCCUGAGGCUGUGUUUUCAUUUGGGAAAAGCAGCAAGAAUAUUAAAAGACAUUUUGGUGUUCCUUUUGGGCACACAUAUCAGGUCUCUUUGAUGCUUUUGAUGCCUGAAUCUGAAUUUAAUAGAGAUAUUGGGGUUUUUCAGUUGACUGCAGAAGUUUUAUCCAUCAAUGGAAAUGUAAUAGCAAAAUCCAGCCAGCCCUGCAUGUUGCGAUUUAGAAGCCUAACGGUUCGACUCAUGCGAACAUUUCUUAUGGGAGUACCUCUUGUACUAGGAAUUUCGGAUGAAACACAGAGAAUGACAGUCAAAAUCCUGAAGCACAGGGAGGGAAUUCAAAGAACCGAAGCAAUCAGAGUUAUUUUGAGUCCGAGGGGGGGAACUUUAUCUCUUCCACAGUUGUAUGAAGCUGAAAUCGUCCUCCACUCAAAGCUGCCUUGGAGGAAACAGUUUGUUCGCAACUGGAAAUGGACAUUUUAUGUUUGGUCGUCUAUAGACAUGUUCAUUAUGCUUGUUUUCGCUCUCGUUUUCUGCUGUAGACGGCUCUUAUUUCCUAUGACAGCACCCAGUUUUGGAGAUAGUAGCAAUGAGAGUAUUGAGAGAGAUUCAACACCAGAGCGGUUGGAAGAACCCCAGAAAUGGGGUGGAUACGAAAGGGAUAUAUCCGAAUCAUUGAGAAAAUGGCAACUGCGGAGGAGGAAGAGAAAAGCAAUCUUUCCAUGUGAAGAAGAAACCAUUUCCUCAUCAGCAACAAGCAUGAAGAUAACUACGGAAGAAACAAGUGCAGUUAUCCCAGAAGACAUUGGCGACUCAGAGUCGGUGUGUUCAGGAGGUUGAAUAUAUUAGAUCCCUGCAGAAUGCUUUCAAACAUGUAAUUUUGUAGUCGUUUGGAGAACUUGAAACAAUGAGGCAUCUUUCUUCACAAGGUAAUGAGUUAUCUAAAUUCCGGCAAUCUAAAUUCUUCAGCCUGGAAUGAAUCUGCAUACUGGAAAACUG